UUUUCCCUUUCUGCGGUUCACCCUUGACGCAUACACACACACACACACAUAUAAGCCUCAAACUCAUCUUCUAAACCAUCUCUAUUUCGUGACUUCGUUUUCAGUAUCAGGAGAGAGAAUAGCCAGACAUUCAAUGGAUUCUGCAAGGUUCACACAGAAACCCCAUGCAGUUUGCAUCCCUUAUCCAGCUCAAGGCCACAUAAAUCCUAUGCUAAAGUUAGCAAAGCUCUUACACAGUUACGGCUUCCAUGUCACUUUCGUCAACACUGAGUUUAACCAUAACCGCUUGCUUAAAACCAGAGCCCCCAACUCUUUCGACGGCCUCCCUUCCUUCUGCUUCCAGACAAUUCCCGACGGCCUCCCACCCACCGACGUCGACGCAACCCAAGACAUACCCUCCCUUUGCGAAUCCACUCGCAAGACCUGCCUUCCUCACUUUAAACAACUUCUCCACAAACUCAACCACUCCGAUGCUCUUCCCGUCACCUGUAUUGUCUCCGACGGAUCCAUGAGCUUCACCGUUGUAGCUGCUGAAGAACUGGGCCUCCCCAUUGUGCUAUUUUGGACUCCGAGCGCUUGUGGCUUCAUGGCUUAUCUUCACUACCGUCAACUCAUUCAAAAGGGCCUUACUCCUCUCAAAGAUGAGAGUUACUUGACAAAUGGAUACCUGGACACUGUUAUAGAUUGGAUACCUGGCAUGAAGGGUAUCCGAUUGAAAGACCUGCCAAGCUUUCUCAGGACUACUGAUCGAAAUUUCGUCAUGCUAGAUUAUAUUUUGGGUGAGACAGAGAGAGCUAAAAGGGCCUCUGCAAUUGUGUUGAACACGUUUGAUGCACUGGAGCACGAUGUUUUGACCGCAAUGGUUCCAAUGCUUCCUCCUGUUUUUCCCGUAGGCCCUUUGCACCUUCGAGUGAACCAUCUUGCAAACGAUGAAACAAAGCAGAUAGGGUUAAGUUUAUGGAAGGAAGAGCACGAGUGUCUUUCAUGGCUAGACUCAAAAGAACCAAACUCAGUUGUUUAUGCAAAUUUUGGAAGCAUAACUGUCAUGACAGCCAACCAACUGGUUGAGUUCGCUUGGGGGCUGGCGAGCAGCAACCAGAAAUUCUUGUGGGUGAUCAGACUUGAUCUUGUAUCCGGCGAGUCAGCAAUCUUGCCGCAGGAGUUCAUGGAAGAGACCAAGGAGAGAGGUCUACUGAUUAACUGGUGCCCACAAGAACAAGUUUUAAGCCACCCAUCAAUCGGCGGAUUCUUGACACAUAGCGGGUGGAAUUCGACCAUUGAGAGUAUCAGUGCGGGCGUGCCGAUGCUCUGUUGGCCGUUCUUUGCAGAGCAGCAGACAAAUUGCAAAUACAGUUGCCAGGAAUGGGGUAUAGGGAUGGAGAUUAACAGUGAUGUUAAAAGAGAUGAAGUUGGGAGGCUUGUUCGAGAGCUAAUGGAAGGCGACAAAGGGAAAGAAAUGAAGAAGAAAGCCAUUGAGUGGAGGAGAAUGGCGGAGGACGCCACUCGGGGUCCCAGUGGAUCCUCAUAUCUAAACUUUAAUGCACUAAUUGACAAAAUAUGUCUGAUCGAAUGAGUAGACAAGUGUAGAGGGGAAGAUUAAAGUAAAAGUAUGGUAGAAAUAGAAAGCAGUUAUCAUAAUCUGAUUGACUUUAUACCUGAAGCAAUCUUCCAUUAACAGAUAAUCAAAUAAACUGCAGCAACACAAGAAACCACAAUCCUUGUUCCUUUCACCAAUUACCAUGCUUGAGAGAAAGUGAAUCCAUGCCCAUUGAACCAACAGAGAAAAAGGAGAAAAGUCAAAGCAACAGAUGGAAGAAGCUCUCCCACCGCCUACAGAUGAAGUCAGAUUGUUGAAAGAUUGACAUAAAUCCUUUCUUUCUCUGACUUUUUUUCUCUUUUUGUUCUUUCUUUUUACUUUGUCACUCGUUCUUUUUCUCUCAUUUCUUCUUCUUUUCUUUUUUUCUCUUUGUUUUUCCUCAUUCUCUUUCUUUUCAAUUUGCUGUACAAGAGCUUUGAUUGGAGCCAGUAUAUAUUCAUUUCAACCUUUUUAGGUAAUAAAAACACAAAUUUAUAUAA